UUUCCCGUUGCGCUCUCUCAUCAUCCUCUCUCUCUCUCUCUCUACUUGCCAUUGUCCCAUCCAUCUCUCCUAGACUCCGACACUCGCAAUUGCAAAUACAAAUUCUUGAAUCUACACGGAAAAGAUUCUGACCUAUCAAUUUAACCAAGAAAUGGAGGACUCAGAGAAAAUCGAUCUUGCAGCCGAAGCCCUCAGUCUCAUGGAUCUGUCGUCUCAAAACGACAAUCAAAUUUCAGGAAAUCAGACAGAACCGAAAACAUGUGAAUUUUCGGGAGUUAUGGGUCCUACAGUGGUAUUGAACACCACUCUUGGAAUUGACGUGGAUGACCACAUGCCUGAGCUCUGCGAAUCAACUGAUCCUGAAAAAGCGCAAAGAAAUGGAAGGUGUAAUUUGCGUAAAAGUUUAGCAUGGGAUAGUGCCUUCUUCAGUAAUGCGGGUGUCCUAGACCCAGAGGAAUUGUCCACCAUGAUUAAAGGAGCUGAAAAGGAUAAAAAUCAUAUAUUACCUGGAAUUGAAGAGGAAAUAAGAAGGUCUAUUGAUUCUAUAUCCACUCUAGAAAAUGACAAUUUUACAAUGGAGUCUGAGGAUGACUUGUUUGUAGACAUCAGAGCUUCCAUCCAAAGAUCCAGUAAAAAGGUGCCCAAUGCGACAAAUAAUAUCAGUCAGUCAGCAGCCAUGGAGAUAGAUAACCAAGCUAUUUCAACUUUGAAGAAGGAAAGCCUUGCUUCUCAAAAUAAGCUGCACUUGGAACCAGCUUUAAAGAAUACUAGCAGACAAACUAUUAGGAUGCCAAAAUGUCAGCCAAAACAAAAUGUUGGGACGCAAGGAUCAGGAAAAGCGAGCAAGCAGGAUUCUGGCCAUUCGCAACUAACCCAGUCUCUUACUAAGAUUAACGAGUCAAGUUCAUUACGUCCUAAGCCACCCAAAGCUAUCAGCAGGGCCACACUCACUUCAACAUCAGCAGCAAAGCGGGAUUCCACGGGUAGUAGUCAUGUCAAAUCUGAAAUUGGAAGCUCAAAACCUAGUAGUGUUUCUAGCAAAGGGAGUCAGGCAGCAAAAGUUCCCGUCUUAAGUGGUGCCAGAAGGGUAUUGCCAAAGCCUGCACCAUCGUCCAAGUCCUCUUCUUUGGGGUCUUCAACUGCAAGCAAGGUGCUGUCUACAAGGUCCUCUAUAAGUGAUAGCUCUGAUAGUAUGUUGUCUAAAACCACUGCUAAAUCUCCAUUAAUGACUGCAAGAAGAAAUCCAUUGAAAAGUAGCACCAUUAGACCAGCUUCCUCUGGUUCCAUUACUAAAACACCCUCAAAAGUAGGACUGAAGAGUAAACCACCGCCACCCACUCUUUCAGCUUAUCUGAGAUCAACUAAGAUAUCCUCAAGUGUAUCUCCAGCUAGUUCUAUUAGUGAGUGGUCUUCGGCAUCAGCAUCAUCUUCAUCAUCUUCAACAGUCUGCCAAAGGUCUAUUAACUCCAGGAACAGCCUAGAUAUCAGUUCCUGUCCAUCUGUGGAUGAUAGCAUCGUCGCUUUUGGUCUGAGGAACCAUUCUACGGAUGGAAAUGCAGAUGAACGUGAAAGUAAGGAAAUUGCUUUACCUAAUAAGAAUUUAAAUAAAUCCUCUACACAAAGUGGUACCCUCCAGGCUCCUGCAAAACCAUCAGGACUUCGAAUGCCAUCUCCAAAAAUUGGGUUCUUUGACGGGGCAAAGUCAUUGGUUCGGACUCCUAAUGGAACUCCGCGCACUCAAUCUGGCUUAGGCAAUGUGCUAACUAAGAGUGGAGCUGCUAUCUGCAGUCCCAAAGGGAGCUCAAACUUAAAGCCAAAGACUGGGAAGUUUCCAACGGCUAGAACAGUAUCUUCUUUGGCAAAUGUAAAGCCUAAUUUUCCAAAAGCUAGGUCUCCAGCAUCCAUUCCACAAAGAUCAUGUGCAUCGACAAAUGAUUCUCAUGCUUUAACAGAAGUAGAAAAUUCUCCAAGCUUAUCUAAUGAAGCUCAAGGAAAAAGAAGUGGAGAAAAAAAUUUGAAAUCACAGAAAGUUCGCACCGAAGGGUCAGAUGGAAAUAAGCAAAUUAUAGAUGCAGCUAUUGGUGUCGUUAUGAACAAGAUUGUUCCUGUUGAAGAUAAUAAUGCUCUGUGCUCUAAAAGUAAUGGGCAGAGAGUGGAUAAAGAUGCAUCAGACGACCAAAAUCAUCUGAAGUGUUCACGUUCAAUCUGCAAAGAAAAUGAAGAUCAACAAGAGUUAAGGGGACCAAAGACUGAUGUAAACACAAAUGCUUAUAGCCAAAAUGAUGAACCUUUAUCUGAUACAAAAGACUCUGCUUCAGUCUCUUUCCCUGCAACAGCCACUACAACUGCAGCCAGUAGAGAGCCAUUUGCUCACAAGGAUUCGUUUUACAACAGUGAAUGUCCUCCUGAUCCCUCUAAAGAAUCAGCAGUCCAACUUGUCGAAAAGACAGCUGUUCCCAUGCCUACUUUCGAGCAGAAAGAGAACGUCUAAAAAUACGAUUCACGCUCAGCAUCUUUGUUGCUCAGAGGGUAUGACCGUCGAAGAGGGAUACCUGGAGAGUAAAUUUUGUUCAGAGGGUGAUAAAGAGGCCUAAACUGAACGGAAGGGAAAUUUUAUACAAAAUUACAUGUGAUGGUAAGCUCAACAUUUGUUCCAUAUUAAACAUUACUAGACAGCUUUCCUAAUAGAUGAAGUUUUGGUACCUAUGUACCAAACUUCAAGCUUAUUAUGUCAGCUUAAAGUUGAACUUUAUUUAUCUUGUUUGUCGCAGUGUCAGUUGCACGUGGUGUGUUUUAA